AUGAUGAUGCGCAAGAGACAAGGAUUUCGAGAUUGGAGAGAUUUCAAGGCCAAGAUGCUGGUUCGAUUUGCUGAAUCGUUGGAGGAUGAACCGGGAAAGCGUCUCUACUCAAUUCGUCAGUUGGGAUCAGUGAGUGAUAAUAUUUCUGAGUUUGAGGAUCUUUCAUCGCAAGUGUAUGGGGUUGAUGAUAAAGGUCUCAAGGACAUUUUUUACAAUGGACUCUCUCCGGAAAUGAAAGAGGUCAUUAAAAUGAAGGAGCCUAAAGGUCUGGCAAACCACAUUGCAGCAGUGUUGAAGAUGGAGAGCAGUGUUUUCUGCAAAGUGAAACUACAGUUUGUUCAUACUCUCAAAAACAAAGCUGUGGCUACGGAAACACAAGCUCAGAAGGAAGGACAGUUGAUUGCUAAACCACCAGGACAUGAGAAGGUGUGUCCUAAACAGGAGUUACUAGUGCUGACAGUUCUCAAUGGUUUUGAGGUGGAAGUAUUAGACGAGAACAUGUUUGAAUUGAGUGAUACAGAAGCAAAACCAGUUGGUGAGCUGAGACAUUUGUCCCUAAACGCAUUUUUGGGGAUUAAAUCUCCAAAGACGACGAAAGUUUUAGGAGUUAUUGGAAAAACCACAGUAGUAGUGAUGUUGGAUAGUGGUGCUUCACAUAACUUCAUCACCCCUGAAACUGUGGCAAAAGCACGCUUGUCAGUAGCUGAAUCUGAAGCUUUAGACGAAUUAUUGGGGAAUGGCUUACAGAUUAAAGGAUUGGAUGGUUGUUCGGAGGUAACUUUCGCCUUGGCAGGAUAUGAGUUUACUACAGACUUCAUAUCUCUGGAUUUGGGAAAUGUGGAUGUGAUACUAGGUGUGCAAUGGCUUGAGACGUUGGGUACUUGUCAGGUCGACUGGAAGAAGCAGGAGUUCUCUUUCAAAUACAGCGAUAAGUGGAUAACCUUGUAUGGUGACACCAGCUUACACGCAAAGCGUUUAUCUUUGAAGACACUUUCUCCUACCCCUCGCAUUGUAUCCAAAGGAGUAUUAUUGGAAUUUGAGGAUACAAGGGUAGCAGAACAACAUAGUCUAGAGAUUCUGUCGCUGAUUUCAGACGUGUUAUCAGAGUUUGAAGACGUGUAUCCACAUAUUCACAAAGAGGUAAUGGAGAGAAUGGUGCAAGAAAUACUUGAAUCUGGAACCAUACGCCAAAGUGUUAGCCCGUUUUCUAGCCCAGUUCUUUUAGUGAAGAAGAAUGAUGUUACAUGGCGUUUUUGUGUAGAUUACAGGGCACUAAACAGGGCAACGAUUAGAAUGAAGGAGGAUGACAUCGAGAAAACAACAUUUAGAACCCCUGAUGGCCAUUACGAGUUUCUUAUGCCAUUUUGCCUGACAAAUGCUCCAGCAACUUUCCAGAGUUUAGAGGACCAUGAAGAGCAUUUGAGAGUUGUGUUGAAAUUUUUUGCUGAACAACAACUUUUCGCAAAUAGGAAGAAAUGCUUAUUUGCCCAGGCAGAGGUCGACUAUUUUGGUCACAUCAUAUCAGCGAAUGGUGUUGCAACUGACCCAAAGAAAACAGAUGCAAUGUCUAAGUGGCCAACUCCUCGAUCUGUUAAGGACUUAAGAGGUUUUCUCGGGUUGACUGGAUACUAUAGGCGAUUUGUAAAGGGGUACAGUCACUUAGCAAAACCGUUAACCGAGUUGCUCAAGCGAGAUAAGUUUCAGCGGUCUGAUGAUGCUCAGAUGGCUUUGAUACAUUGA